UUUUGCAACUUGCACACGUCGACGCAGCAACCAACAUGUCCACGUCCCCUUCGAAGAAAGCCAAAACGGAAGCGUCGUUCGUGGAUGUUUCACCCAACAGCGACUUUCCCAUCCAAAACUUGCCGUACGGUAUCUUUUCGACCCGCGAAGACCCCGAACACAAGCGUGUUGGUGUUGCCAUUGGUGACCUCGUCUUGGACUUGAGCGUGAUUGCUGCCGAAGGCCACUUCAACUUCGACGCGUCUUUCUUCGCCGAACCUACGCUAAACUCGUUCAUGGCUGCCGGCAAGACCACAUGGGAUGCUGCUCGUGCUACCAUCAAGCGUCUCCUUUCGGUGGACGAACCCACCUUGCGUGACAACGCUGAUCUCCGCAGCCGUGCGUUGGUCAAUCAAGCAGACGUGAUCAUGCACUUGCCAGCCCAUAUCGGUGACUACACUGAUUUCUACUCGUCGCGUGAGCAUGCCACCAACGUCGGCAUCAUGUUUCGCGGCAAGGACAAUGCGCUCCAACCCAACUGGUUGCAUUUGCCUGUGGGAUACCACGGCCGUGCCUCCACCGUCGUUGUGAGCGGCACUGAUAUUCGCCGCCCUCGUGGUCAAUUACAAGCUGACAACAAGGACCCGUCCAAGGGGUCUGUGUUCGGUCCUUGCCGCUUGUUGGACAUUGAGUUAGAGAUCGGGUUUUUCACUGGUCCUGGCAACAACUUGGGCGAUGCCAUCGAUAUCAACGACGCAGAAAAGCACAUUUUCGGCGUUGUCUUGAUGAACGAUUGGAGUGCGCGUGACAUUCAAAAGUGGGAAUAUGUACCGUUGGGUCCUUUUGGCGCCAAGAACUUUGGCACAACAAUCUCGCCAUGGGUGGUCACGUUGGCCGCAUUGGAACCUUUCCGCACUGAGCCAAGCUUUGGCCCCGUGCAAGACCCUGAACCGUUGCCGUAUUUGUUGGACGCCAACUACUCCAAGGGCACGUACGACAUUGCGUUGGAAGUCGACCUCAAGCCUGAAAACGGCGACUACGCCGUCAUCAGCAAGAGCAACUAUCGAUAUAUGUACUGGAACAUGAAACAGCAGUUGGUGCACCACACGAUCACGGGGUGCUCCAUGAAACCUGGUGACUUGCUCGGCAGCGGCACGAUCUCUGGCAAGGCUGAAGACAGUUUUGGGUCGAUGCUUGAGCUGAGCUGGCAAGGCACUAAGGACAUCCCAAUCGCCAACGGCGAAACCCGAAAAUUCCUCAAGGACGGUGACACAAUUAAUAUCCGUGGGUUUGCUCAAGGCAACGGGUAUCGCAUUGGGUUUGGCGACUGCCUCGGCAAGAUUAUCCCUGCCCACCUUUGAGGCCUUUGUUCUUAAUUUGAUUGCUGGUAUUCAUUAUAUUCCGUUGCGAGUUCACAUCCGUCGUGCGAUCGCGUAAGUUGAUCAUUCAGAUGCAGACGACACUUGCCCAGCGAUCGACCCUCAACGACCUGAACAUGACAGUAGCGUCAGCUAACUAACGUGGAGUCUGAUCGCGUCCGCGAUGCGCGAUGUAUCUCGUGCUGAAUGACGACGGAAUUUCCUUCUCGAAAGAUUGUAUGUUGCUCAGUAGCAUGUAUAUGU